AUGGCCUUAACAGAUUAACUGUGUCUUUGGUUUACUAUUUUUGUAUUUAUAUCCUACAUAGCUCUUGAUGUAGCACUUUAAAUGCAAAUACCUUUUUCUUAAAUUGGACUACCACAAAAAGGUCAGAUCUGUCCAAAUCAAUUUAUCAAAUAUACUGAUACCUUCUAAAUAGAAUGUGUACCAGAAUGCAAUCAAAAAGUAGAAUCAAUAAAAAAAUCCCUUCAUAAUCAUUUUGCUGGAACCAAUUAAAAAAAUUAUAUAACAUGUAGCUUUUAUUAUUACAUAGAUGAAAAUCAAAUCUGCUUACCAACGUUUGACAAAAAUUUCUAUUAAUUGGUACCUUAUGUCGAAAAACCUAUCUAAACUUAUAUUAGUUAAUCAUUAAAAGAUGAUGCUUUGAUAACAAUUUGCUUCAUUUUUAUUGUUUUGGCAAUCACAUAUGGAACUCUUUCCUUUUAUAGAAUUUAUGCUGAAUUCAUAACCAAGAUGUCCUCAAUUGUUUCACUUAUCCUUAGCUUUGCUAUUCUCUUAAUUCUCAUGAGGAAGUAUAAGUCAGUUCAAGAAGCUAAUGAAAUGUAUAAUUUUAAUCUUUUUACUUUUUAGAUUAAUUUCAAAAGACUCAAUAUAUGAUUUAUCAUAAAUGAAUGCUAUUAUGAUACUUGAUAAAAUGAGUUUGGUUUAUUUAGCUUUAAUUGGAUUAAUGGCUCUUCUAUUAUUAUACUUAAUUUUUAAACAUAUUAUGGAUAGAAUUUUGUUUUCAGUUUUACCCCUUUCUCAUUGGUUCACUACUUUAUAUUACAAAGAUUAUUUAAAUAACUAAAAUAAUGAGGAAAACCCACCAAAAAAAUCUUAAUGGUAAUUGAUACUAUUUUAAAUUAUCAAUUUUAUCCUGUUUUAUACAAUUAUCAUGUAAAAUAUAAUUAAAUAUUUAGGGCUUCUUUAUCUCUAAGUUAAGAGUCUUCUCAAUAUGCAUUUGGAGAAACCUCUUUAAUUUUUAAUAUUGUUUUACCUAUUCUAUCUUUCCUAAUUUAUUUAUACUUUGCAAUUUAAAUGUGUUUGCUUUCAGAAUAUAAUUUAUAUUAAAAAUAAAACACUUUUUAUGAUUAAAUUGGAAAAGCAGGAAUAUAAGCUCUAGUUUUAAUUAUCUUGUCCCCCUUAAUUAUACUUAGAGCAAUUUUUUAAAUUUUUGGAAAACAGAAAUUUUAAUAUAUAGCAUUGACAACUCUAAAAGUAGGUUAAGAUCUAAUCAAUAAAGAAUUUGAAAACAUUAAUCAACUUGAAAUUUAAGCUUAAGAAAUAGAAUUAAGAUAAAAAAUUUAAUUAUGUAAAAUUAUUUAUUAAAUCAAAUUUAGAUGAUUAAUUAAAUAAAAUAGCUCAUAUUAUAGCUAUGUGUUUAGCUCUAGCUUGCAAUUUCAUCAUGCUCAUUUUAUAAUAAAAUAUCCCAGCUCCAUUUCUACUUUUUUUGUUAACUUAUGCAAUCAGUUAUUCUUAUUUUAUUCCAAUUGUCGCCAGUCCACUUAGAUAUAGUUUCCUUAUUAUAGAAUAAAAAGAUUUUGAUGAACUUAAAAAGGAUAAUAUGAGAUGCCUUUUAAGACUUCUAGAAUAAAUAUAGUAAUGA